AGAGGGCUGAGGCCUUCGGAUACUGUAGAGGCCCUGUUCUUUCGCUAAACACCCUCGCUCGUCCAGUCACUCAUUUCCUGGAAUCCUAAUUAUUGUCUAUUUCUCCUUGUCUUCGUCACUAUCGUCAAGGGAUGCGAUCCUUCAUCCCUCUCUCUCUUCUUUCUCUCAUUCAGGCCUCUUCCGUCUUUGCCAUUCGCUUUCCGUUUCGCGUGCGGACCGACCCUGUACUGCGCCCCCGCCAUGAUCUCUAUGCUCGUGCCAACGGUUCCGAAGGUAUAACAGUCAAGAACACACAGAACGUCCAGUACAUAGGCAACAUCUCCCUCGGAGGAUCGGAGUUCAACGUAGUUCUCGAUACGGGAAGCUCGGACCUUUGGGUUGCUGGAACAGUAGCCAAUACCCAAGACACUGGAACCAGUGUAACGUUGUCCUACGCAAUUGGCCAGGCAAAUGGUGACAUCAACACCGCGACUCUAGGAUUUGACAACUAUACUGUCGAAAAUCAGGCUUAUGUGCUGGUCACGGAUACCUCGACAUUCUCCACUGAUAUCGAAUCGCAAGGAUACCAAGGCCUCAUCGGCCUUGGCCCUAACACCGGAUCUGUCAUUCGCGAGAAAGUCGACAACGCAUCAGGCGACUCUCCCCUCUUCCGCAUCUUCUCACAAAAUACAACCACCUCUAACUUCCUCACUAUCCUCCUCAACCGUGCCAAUGACCCCGGUCAGACCUAUAACGGCGAAUUUACCAUCGCGGAGGUCGUCUCUGGCUAUGAGAACAUCACUUCGCAAGCGAAACUGAAGAUCAAGGACGUACCGACGCUCACGGAUACGGACCAGCAUUGGGCUGUGUUCACCGAUGCAUACGGUCUUAUUGGGCCGGACGGCAACCCCAUCGACUACGACAGUAUUGUGCCACGUGCGCCGGAUAAUCAACUCGUUGCGGUGCUCGACUCUGGUUUUUCCUAUUCUCAGGUUCCUCGGGAUGUGGCAGACGCUAUCUACGGAAGGGUAGCAAGUGCCGAAUACGACGAGACAAACGAGAUCUGGACGCUCCCAUGUGACGUCGAGCUGAACAUCACCUUCAAGUUCGGCGGAGUCGAUUUCCCCAUACACCCACUUGACACGGUCAGCAACGAUAUUCCAACAACGGACAGCAGCGGUAAGUCUGUCUGCAUCGGCGCAUAUCAACCUAUCACAUCCGCGUUCAGCCUGCUCGGAGAAUAUGAUAUGAUUCUCGGCAUGUCUUUCUUGCGCAACGCCUACGCGCUCAUCGACUUUGGUAACUUCGUCACAACAUCAUCAAACGAUCAAGUCGACCCCUACGUCCAACUCCUCCCCCUCACCCACAACGCCACCGCCCACGCCGACUUCGUCAAACUUCGCCUCAACGGCACCGACACAACCGCUACUCAGACCCUCGUCCCAUCAUCCCAAGAAUCCCACUCCCCAGAAUCAACUUCAGAAAAGAAACAACAGGCCGAGGGCGCUGUGCUGCGAAAUUGGCCAUACAUCCUCGUAGGAUGUUUGGCGUUCGUCAUCAUCCUUGUUUCGCUCACUAUCUGGGGAUGCUGUAAGAGGGUUAAGAAGCGAAGGGCGGCAGCUGCUGCCAGGAACGGGAUGGGCGGAGGCAUUCAGAUGGGGAUGGCGAGGAGUAGUCAGCAUGGGAAUACGAACGCGUACCAUCCACUCCAUUAGGGCUUCGGAUUCGCUGCUGAUGAACCCACGGCGGGAAUGUGUUUAUACCAUGGACGAACUUGAGCGCUUGAUUCGGAGGAGGCCCAGAGUUGGGUACUUUGGAGGUGGCGAGGAUGGACGUCGGAAGGAAUCUUUAUGGAUGCGAAUCUGACGGACUCCCAUUGUUGUCUUGCUGAUUGCUUGCUUUGCUUUUGAAAUAUAUCCCCUUCUGUCUUUACAGAUUAUUUUGUACAAUCUAUUCAUUCAUUUGACUUGC